CCGGCAGUGCAUCCCCAUCCCCCACACGGUGGCCGUCUCUUCGGGUGAAAGCUGUCUUCCCUGCGCCACUGGUCCGACAAAACGCUGCUGUAGCAGAGCCAGUCAGUCCGCACCGACCUGAGGCAGAGCACACAGCACGGGAGAGAGCACGUACGCACACGGGGAAUCAUUUUUUUGUUCGACCGAGUGGCUUUGAUUUGCAUAUCCACUUCCACUCCUUCCUCAUUUGCAUACAGCAAGAAUGGCGAGCGGGCAUCCCACAGACAAAUUCAGUUUCAUGUAUCAACCAGACACGCACAAGAGCAAGAACAGGUUAUCUUCAGCUAUGAAUCCAGUCUACAGCCCCGUUCAGCCUGGCACCCCUUAUGGAAACCCUAAGAACAUGGCCUUCACAGGGUAUCCAGGAGGGUAUCCUGCCACGGCUCCCACCUAUACACCCAACCUCUAUCAAACAGGCAGUCCUGGGUAUCCACCAGGAUAUACUUCAGCAGGCACCCCGUACAAAGUGCCCCCCACUCAGUCAAAUGGAGCGCCCCCUCCCUACACCCCGACCCCCACUCCAUACCCGACAGCCAUGUACCCCAUCCGCAGUGCCUACCCUCAGCAGAACAUAUACGCACAGGGAGCGUACUAUACCCAGCCAGUGUAUGCGGCUCAGCCACAUGUGAUCCAUCACACCACUGUGGUGCAGCCUAACAGCAUCCCCUCCACAGCCCUCUACCCUGCUCCCGUCCCUGUACCUGCCCCUCGCAACAACGGCAUGGCUGCCAUGGGGAUGGUAGCUGGGACAACCAUGGCCAUGAGUGCAGGGACCCUGCUGACAACGCCCCAGCACCCCCAGAUUGGAGGACACCCAGUUACUGUGCCAACCUACAGGCCCCAAGGGACACCUGGGUACAGCUACGUACCGCCUCACUGGUAGAGCCCACCCAUCACAUCUGGAGUUCACCAUCGUAUGCAACUGCUCAAAUCUUACACGGGCUCCCACUGGUAACCAUGGGAACCCGGCACCUGUCUGCAAGAACAAAACUAAAGUGCAACAGCCACUUUACUAUUAUUGUUAUUGUUAGUAUGCGACAUUCUCUAACGUUUUUACAAAAGCUGCUUUUAUUUUUUUUAUUUUUUUUUUUAUUUUAUUUUUUCUCUCUGUUCAUUUGCCAACCAGUCAUUACCUUAUUUUGUAUGGCUCUUUGAUUUUUAUUAUUUGAUUUCCUCAUUUUUCUCUUGAAGUGUCUGUCAUUGGAACUCCAGAAGGACUCUUGACCAAUCACGGGUGUCAGUUGCUCCUGUUUCUGUGUUGUGCUGGUGUAUGUGUGGUCCUUCCUGCUGCUGCUCAGUUGGCUGGAAAAUAUCGGGCACUUAUUCCUCAUCAUCAUCAUCAUCAUCAUCAUCAUCUCCGUCAGUCACUACAAAGACUUAUUGACUUAUGCUGCCAAAUUUCUUACAACUAGAUAUCAGCACAGGGUUUUAACAUAAUUAGCGUUUUAAUUUUUGCAGGUUAUUUAAUUUUUUUUUUUUUUUUUUUUUUAAAUAUUCUUUCCUUAAACCACACUCAACUGAAUUCCUUUUUCUCUGUAGACUUUUUCUUUUUUACCUUUGUUCUUCCUUCCUCUUUAUCCCUUUUUUUAAUCCGCUUUGUUUCAUCUUCAGUUGAAUCUCAGUCGUCUUCCAGCCACGUAGCUAUCUGUCCGGCAGUAGACAGUCCAUCAUUCCUGUUGUUAUGUCUCCGUGUGGGUGCUUUGUUGCGAUGAGCAGAGCACUUACUGACCAUUACCUAUCCUGCUGCGUGUCCCACUGUGUCCGCAUUCGCAUAACACACACUAUGAAAACGUCGCCUACUUUAUGCUACAUACUAUGCAGGCUAGUAUGUUGUGACACUAUCGGAAUCUUAAACUUAGCGUAGGUCAAUGCAUUUUAAAAAAUGUAAGGAUAUUUAUAAUUAUCAGCAUGGGCAGUCGUGCACACUCUCUCUAUCUGUAACACACACACACACACACACACAUAUAGGGGCUCCUGUAUGUGUUGGAAAACAUGAUCACUUAGUGGCACUUACUGUAAAAUACUCCCAGUUCAAACACACAUACACACACACACACACACACACUACAUGGAUUUCUCGGGGUGUGCAUGGAAGAUAGCAGAAAAGGAGUUUAAAGGGAUUGUGUUGGCGCAGAAAGAGGAGAGCAUGAUAAGACGGAGAGAGCAGACAACAAGAAAGGAGGAGGAGAUCACAUAUUCACAGUCGGGUCGUUUCAUUUCAAGGUGUAAGACCUUUGAAUUCGUGACAUCUCACCUGCACCGAUACUCUACUUUCACAUUACAUGUGUCGAAAUUUAUUCCUCGCUAUGAAUAUAUCCUCUCCUCCUCCCUUCUUCUUCCAGAUGAGGACUUUGUAACCAAACAAAUAGAAACCCAGACUCUUGAGUAUUAAUGAUGGACCAGUCAAAUAAAUCUGCGCUGAUAGAUAGAUGGAUGGAUAGGAUUCGAUCCGCCAGACCAUUCCACUUCUGUGAGUGCUGAAAAAAGACCAAACCAAUGACAUGGGAGGUUGUGCACUACAUUUAGGAAGAAAUUGUGUCCAAUCAGACGGCUGUAAUGUGUUUACACCUGGUCCAUGUCACAGCGCUGAUAGGUUGUUCUCUGAAUUUGGGUCAAAGUUUUAACUUUGUGGGUAUUAUCUUGUGAAUCGCAGGAGAAUUGUAGUCAAGAAAAAGUGCUGGUUUUAGUGUUCAUGGCUACAGCAGUGUGAGAACAUUAAGACAAUUUUAGCAAGAGUGCAAAGCAGCGAUGAUGCAGUGCCACUCAUAGGCCUUUUCCACCAAGCUAGCGCUGGUCCUUGGAGUGGUUCUGUUCGGGAUUCUUGGACCUUGGUGCUAUCUGCGUCAUCAACGAAGGGCGUUGCACAAAGCAAAACGGAAGUAAAGAUAA